AUGGUUUUAUUAAAAGAUGAUUGCUUUAUACUUAAAAGUUAUUUGAAAUCAUUUACUAAAACGCUAUUUAUUGAUGAUCCAAUUCAUUAUUUUGAGCGCAAGCACACAAGAAGAAUUGAGAAUGCUUAUAAACUUCAAAAAUCUAUUGACCAAUUACUAACAGAGAAUUUGUAUUUUGAUAAUCUGCAAAAUAUCGUUUCUGCUCAAUCAUCUAGUUUGUUCUCACCUCAAUCUUCCAGAAAUGAGGAUUUUUAUAGAGUCCAAAUGGCUAUUCACCAAUAUUUAGCACAGGAUCUUUAUUUUGAGAAUCUUCAAACUAUCACUAUUGUUCAACCAUCUCGUUUCCUCUCACGCGAAUUUUCCCCAGAAGAAACAUUGUUUAACAGCGCCAUGCUUGAAAUUACAAAUAAUUUUUUUAAUCUGUUAAUCUGCAAUCCUAAAUAUUUGAAUGGAAUUCAGUUAUCAGGUUUUAUUGAUGAUACAAACAAGUUGGAGAUAUUGAGAAAUCAACAAUUUAUGAAUUUAGAGCGUCUUGACUUGAGCCUUAAUAUAAUUGAACGAAUUGAUAAUUUAAAUCAUUUCAUUAAUUUAACAAAAUUAUUACUAGAUAACAACAAGAUACAUAUAUUGGAAAACUUAGAAAAUCUUGUUAAUUUAGAAGUAUUAUAUUUAUCACACAACAAUUUAACGAAAAUAGAAAAUUUAGAUUGUUUAACUGGUUUGGAAAAGUUGGACUUAGAUUUUAAUAGUGAGUUAGAAGUUGUUGAGAACUUGGAUAAUUUAAUUAAUUUGAAAUUAAAUAAUCUUAGAGUUUUAGAUCUAUCUAAAAAUAAGAUAACAGAAAUUCCAAUUGAGUUUAAUUGUUUGAGGGACUUGAGAAAAUUAGACUUAUCCUGCAAUCAAAUUGAAAGAAUUGAGAACAUCAAUAAAUUAGAAAAGCUACAUACUUUGUGUAUUUCGAAAAAUGAAAUUAGUAAAUUUGAAAAUUUGAACAUUAAUCUAGAGGUUUGUGAGAUAAAUGGUAAUAAGGUUACAAAUAUUGAAAAUUUAGAUCAGUUGGUCAAUCUAAAACUACUUUCGUUAGAAGGUAAUGAAAUCAAAAAGCUUGAGAAUUUGGAUAAAUUGACAAAUCUUGAACAAUUAUCAGUUAGAGAAAAUCAAAUCACAAAACUUGAGAAUUUGAAUAAACUAAUCAAUUUAAAAGAACUAUCACUAUAUGGAAAUAAAAUUGGAAAAAUCGAAAAUUUGAACAAGUUGAGUAACCUCACUGUACUUGAUUUACGUAGUUGCGAUAUCAGUGAAAUUGAUAACUUGAAAGAGUUGAAUCUUGAAGGGUUGAAAAAGUUAACUGACUUAGAUUUAAGAAGGAACGCAAUUACAAAAAUUGAGGGACUCGAUGAAUUAAUUAAUUUGGAACUGUUGGUGUUAACUAGAAAUUGUAUUAGUAAAAUUGAGAAUUUGAAUAGCUUACAAAAGCUAAAAUAUCUUUAUUUAAAUGAUAAUGAGAUUGAAACCAUCGAUAAUAUUUUUAUUUCACAAUGGCUAACUGUGGUGCUAAUUCGAAAUCCCAUCACUGCAGUUGGGCAAAGAUGUAUAGAUGAAUUGGACAAGUUUCAUAAUGGUUUUAUGGAAAUUAUUAUCUUUGAAGACUUAGAUGAUCUAGAGGCUUCAAUUUCAGCCCAACUAGAUGCGAUUAUUCAGCGAUUCGGCAAUUUCUUUUGGGUUGGGGACAGUGAGGACAGUGAGGACUUAUAUUUAAGUUGUUUAUAUGACAGUGAGGACGGAUGUUUAAAUUUUUUAUAUAGGUCUGAUUCAGAAUAACUAAGUAAAAUGAAAUUUAAAUUGUUUGGUUUUCUAAUGGCAAUUAAAUCGUCUGCUGUGCAAAGUACUUUACCAUAUUAUUUAUUUUCAAAGAUUAGUUUUGCAAUUGAUGAUUGAGGGAACUUAGUAAGCAAUGUUGAGAGUUGGUACACGUGAUUACGAAUUCAGUAAGUAUAUAGAUUAGUUGCCUUUAUGUAUCCUUACUUCUAAGGGAGAUGGAGUGGUGUGCAAUAAGAUAGUUAGGUGUAACUAAAGGGACUGUG